AUGGCCGCAGAAAGGGGUGUGAAACCAGCUUUUACUUUCGGGCAUCUGAGUAACAAGAAGAUCAACUUCAUGGAAGAUAGUAAAACCAGAGACCUGCUUGUGAGAUGGUCAAUGCAUGGAAGGAUCACAGUGCAGGUUUUUAGUUUUGAUCAAUAUUUCCAGGCUUAUGAAAAGGAUAAUUUUGUACUGGCAUUCUUCCAGGAUCCAAAUGUUACGGCUAAUCUGAAGAUACUCUCACCUUUAUCGUCUGAAUGGACAACUCUAGGAACAGAAGUUAAGAAAAUAGAGGCUGAAGAGGUUCCCUGCAGUCAACUUUCAAUGUUAUUCUUUGACUGUUUGUACACUGAAGGGAUCGUGCGAGAAACGGGACAUAUUACCAAGUGUUUGGAUGAAUUUUAUGAGGAUUUUAUUAUCUCUGAUCAGCUUCGACAGGUGUUACUGUUGGAAGAAUCUGAUAAAUAUCAAAUAUUCAGUGAUACAGAACGUGAGGAAUUUGUCUUCCGCAUCUUCAAACAUUUCUGCUUGGGUGGAGCCCUCUGUCAAUUUGAAGAUACAAUUGAACCUUAUCUGGAAACUACCAAGGCAGUAUACAAGGAAUUAGUCAGUGUACAGAAAGAUCCUGGUACAAAAGAUAUACGUAUCAUCUCCACAGUAUUCAAGGUUACGGCCAAUGAUAAUUGUGGCACAUGCUACCCUUCCACUAAGAAGCAUGAACAGACUUUUGCCUAUCUUAUUGUGGAUCCCCUAAAACGUCAUGUGCAUGUGCUAUACCAUUGCUUCGGAGGAGGAUUAUUCUGCAAUUAAUUCUUACAAUCAGUGUCUUUGCUGGAACAUUAUUACUAGUGGAUUAUUUAGCUGAAGAUGUUCUAUACGGAGAACAUUCUGUAUUAUAAGAAGCAAACAAGGGAUUAUACAUUUCAAUAUUUGAGACUUUAUUUCUUUGUAUUUAAUUAUAAUUUAUAGUAAAGAGAUUAAAUGUAGGCAGCUUCAGAGAAUCCUCCAUGUACAGCUGUUUAAGUUAUUCAUUUGGCUAUGUAGAAAAUAAUUUAUCACAAGUUUUGCUGUGAGACAAUUUAUAAAGUAUUACAUCUGGAAUUUUUGAGUAAUAGUACUUAGAUAUUGUGUAAUUUAUCUAUUUGUUGGAUUAAUAAAAUUAUAUAGAUGUAACUCAGUUUUAUGCAUUGCAAAACUUGCAACAGAGUUUAGAACCUAUGCAUCAGUUUUUUAUCAUUUCAGUUUCUUACUUGUGAGAUCAUUUAAGAAUUGUAUGAAAUGUAACCUAUACAUGUUUGCACAAGAUUUGAAUUUUUGUGGCUUUUUAAAACAGUUUUGCUUUACACAAUGUUUUGUUAUGGUAACUAAUUAAUGUUCAGUUUUUUAAA